AUGGCUGAUCCCUAAAAAAUAGUUGGAGUAGUCUUUUCUAAAUUAGAAGCCCAACGUUCUCAUCCUACUUAUAUUAUCGAAACUAAAACUGGCAAUCUUAUCUAUAGACAGGCUGCCAAUUUGCCCUCUGAAUAAAUAGAAAAAUUUAACCUUAUUUUCAGUAAGCAAAUCGCUGAUAAACUCUAUCCCUCAUAACAAAAGAGACUGUUCUACAAGGGAACUGAAAUAGAUCUCCCUGAUGUUGAAUUCGAUGACGAUGACAUUGAUGAUUCCAAGUCCACUAAAUAUCAAUGCAAUUGUCAAUUUAAAUAAACUACGAAAAUGAUAUAACCUAAUAUCAAACAAUAUGAACAAUCAUAACCAUCUUCUAAAUCCACUAUUAAAUUGUCAUCCAACACCAUAUUAAUGUAUGACAAAAUUGAUGGAGAAUUCAAACAAGCUAAUAGAAUCGAUUGCACUCUAAUUAAAGAUAUCAAAAAUUGGGAACAAGCGAAGAUCAGCAACAAAAAAUAAGUAAUGCUCUGCAUUUCUGAGAAUUGUUUCGUUAAAUUAAAUGAUUUAAGAUUUAAGAAUCCCUCUUUGGUUCUUGAUUUUGUUUUGAAUAACUGUAUACUUGUUAAAUGA